CGGCGAGGGCGGGAUGGGGCUGGGAACGGGGCAGAGCGGUACCCACGAGAGGCUGUGUCCUCAGGUGCCCGGGAUGAUGCAUCUGCUCCGCCUCACCUGGGCGCUGGCCACGCUGUGCCUGGUGGUGGCCAACGCCGACCGCACGGCCGCACCGCCGGACAAAGCCUCCAUCUUUGCCGACCUGACGCCGGCGGAGCUGCACGCGGUGCGCGAUUUCCUGCGGGGCCGCCCGGAGUUGGGGCUGUCGGCACAAAGCGGGGACACGCUGGCUCAGAACACGCUGUUCCUGGUGGAGCUGCUGCCCCCCACCAAGCGGGCGGCACGAGCCGUCAUCUUCUUCGGGGCGCAGGCGGAGCCCAACGUCACCGAGUUCGCCGUCGGGCCCCUUCCACGGCCCCGCUCCUACCGCCCGCUGCGCCUCAAGGGCGGCCGCACCGCACCUUUCGCCGCACGGCCGAUGACGAUGCGGGAGUACGAGCUGCUGCACCCGCUGCCUCACCUUCUCCGACAUCGCGCCCCGCGGGCUGGCGCCCGGUGA